UCUCUCCCUACAGGCUGUAGUACUCUGUGUCCACAGCAGUAGACAAAGUCCUUUGGGAAUCAUGAAGAUUUUUUUCCGCUACCAGACAUUUAGAUUCAUCUGGCUCACCAAGCCACCUGGCCGGCACUUUCACAAAGAUCGCCAGCUUUGGACGCCUCUGACUCUUGCUGACUUUGAAGCCAUAAAUCGCUGUAACAGGCCAUUGCCUGAAAACUUUAACUUUGCUGCGGAUGUGCUGGACCAGUGGGCCCAAAAGGAGAAGACAGGGGAGAGACCAGCUAACCCAGCCCUGUGGUGGGUGAAUGGCAAAGGGGAUGAGGUAAAAUGGAGCUUCAGAGAACUGGGUUCCUUGUCCCGAAAAGCUGCCAACGUGCUCACCAAGCCCUGUGGCCUGCAGAGGGGAGACCAUGUGGCCGUGAUUCUGCCGCGAAUCCCUGAGUGGUGGCUGGUCAAUGUGGCUUGCAUACGAACAGGGAUCGUCUUCAUGCCGGGAACAAUCCAGCUGACAGCAAAAGACAUCCUCUACCGGCUGCGAGCAUCCAAGGCCAAGUGCAUUGUGGCCAGUGAAGAGGUGGCGCCAGUGGUGGAGUCCAUUGCAUUGGAGUGUCCUGACCUUAAGACAAAACUCCUGGUGUCUCCACAAAGCCGGACUGGGUGGCUCAGCUUCCAGGAGUUAUUUCAAUUCGCCUCUGAAGAGCACAGCUGUGUGGAAACACGAAGUCAAGAACCAAUGACCAUUUAUUUCACCAGUGGGACCACAGGCUCUCCUAAAAUGGCCCAGCACUCUCAGAGCAGCCUCGGCAUUGGGUUAACCCUCUGUGGAAGGUAUUGGCUGGACUUGAAGUCCUCAGAUAUCAUAUGGAAUAUGUCUGACACGGGCUGGGUCAAGGCCGCCAUUGGCAGUGUGUUUUCUUCCUGGCUGUGUGGAGCCUGUGUUUUUGUGCAUCAAAUGGCACAGUUUGACACUGACAUCUUCCUAGACACGCUUACCACUUAUCCCAUCACAACCCUGUGCAGUCCUCCCACUGUGUACCGGAUGCUUGUGCGAAAAGACCUUAAGAGGUAUAAAUUCAAGAGUCUGCGGCACUGCUUGACGGGAGGGGAGCCACUCAACCCAGAAGUGCUGGAGCAGUGGAGGGCGCAAACUGGGCUGGAGCUAUAUGAGGGCUAUGGACAGACGGAAGUGGGAAUAAUUUGUGCCAAUCAGAAAGGCCAAGAAAUCAAACCAGGUUCAAUGGGGAAAGGAAUGCUGCCCUAUGAUGUCCAGAUUAUAGACGAAAACGGCAAUGUUCUACCACCUGGCAAAGAAGGGGAAAUUGCCCUCAGACUGAAGUCUACACGGCCCUUCUGUUUCUUCUCUGAAUAUGUGGACAAUCCACAGAAAACUGCUGCCACGAUAAGAGGAGAUUUUUAUGUUACUGGAGACAGAGGAGUGAUGGACAGUGAUGGGUAUUUCUGGUUUGUCGGCAGAGCUGAUGAUGUCAUUAUAUCCUCUGGGUACCGUAUUGGGCCAUUUGAAGUGGAGAGUGCACUCAUUGAGCACCCAGCAGUUGUUGAAUCGGCUGUUGUCAGUAGUCCAGAUCAAAUCCGAAGAGAGGUGGUGAAAGCUUUUGUUGUCUUAGCUGCACCCUUUAAGUCCUACAACCCAGAGAAAUUAACUCUUGAGCUUCAGGAUCAUGUGAAAAAAUCAACUGCACCUUAUAAAUAUCCAAGAAAGGUGGAAUUUGUUGAAGAACUCCCAAAGACAAUCACUGGGAAAAUCAAACGCAACGUUUUAAGAGACCAAGAAUGGGGACAAAGAUAGCUUGAUAAGAAAACUGAAAGGUUAAGUAGUAAUAUGGUUGCUUUCUUUUAGUAUUUGUUCCUGAUAAUUCAGCGACUACUCUCUUAAAAUGUUUAAGAUCUUUCCUGCUUGAAAACUGAA